AUGUUCCGAGCAGCAGCUGCUGGUCCCUUCGACGAGGGCGUCGCCAAGGCGACCGACGAGAACCUUACCUCGGAAGACUGGGGAGCCAUUAUCGAGGUUUGCGACCGUGUCGGCAGCGACCAAAAUGGCCCCAAGGAGGUUGUACAAGCCAUGAUCAAGCGUCUGGCCCAUCGCAACGCCAACGUCCAGCUGUAUACUCUCGAGCUCGCAAACGCCCUUAGCCAGAACUGUGGCAAGAACAUGCACCAAGAGCUCUCCAGCCGAGCAUUCACCGAUGCCAUGCUCAAACUCGCAAACGACCGCAACACCCAUAAUCAAGUUAAGGCCAAGAUUCUUGAGCGCAUGAAGGAAUGGUCCGACAUGUUCAGCAAAGAUGCAGACCUUGGCAUCAUGUACGACGCCUACUUCCGACUGAAGCAGAGCAAUCCAACCCUGCAAGCCCCCUCGGCCCCCCAGAAGACAGGCUUGACCGAUCUAGAUCGCCAGAAGGAGGAGGACGAGCUGCAGAUGGCUCUGAAGUUGUCGCUGCAGGAUGAGGAGCGCAAGAAGAAGGCUGCCGAGCCCGUUGCUUCUUCUUCAUCUGCUGCACCUGGAUCUUCCUCCCAGCCCCAGCCUCAGCCCCAAAGUCAACCCACACCUGUGCCCGCGGGCACGACAGCAGCUACCGUAUCAAGGGUCCGCGCGCUAUACGACUUCGUUCCGUCGGAGCCCGGUGAGUUGGAGUUCAAAAAGGGCGACGUCAUCGCGGUGCUAGAGUCCGUCUACAAGGAUUGGUGGCGGGGUUCGCUCAAAGGCAAGACGGGUAUUUUCCCUCUCAACUACGUUGAGAAGCUCACAGAUCCCACCCCCGACGAGUUGGCCCGCGAGGCUCAGAUGGAGGCCGAGGUUUUUGCCGAGAUCAAGAACGUCGAGAAGCUACUGACGCUGCUGAGCACAUCCAACACGGCGCCGCGAGAGGAGGAUAACGAGGAAAUUUCUAAACUCUACCACCAAACCUUGGCUAUCCGGCCCAAGCUGAUCAAGCUUAUUGAGAAGUAUUCUCAGAAGAAGGAUGACUUCACGCAGUUGAACGAGAAGUUCAUCAAGGCUCGCCGUGACUACGAGUCCCUGCUGGAAUCCUCCAUGUCACACCCUCCCCAGCCCAGCUACCAUCAAUACGCCAUGAGGUCAGGCCCUGGCGGGUAUCCAGGCCCAGCCGGGCCAGCGGCAGGGUAUCCUGCUCAGGGUCCUCCUCAACAGCAGCAGGAGCAGAGAUUCUACACUCCCGCGCCCCAAGAGCAACCACAAUACCCCCAGUCUACGCCCUCGCCGAAUUUUCAGCGUCCGGCACAAGCGACGCCCGCUCCUUUCUACGUAGCCGGUGCCGAGGUGCCCUCAGCAGGUGGUCCGCCUCCCGCGCAAAACCAUCCGUAUCCCCAGCGUGAACACAACCCCCGCCUUCCGUCCACGGGGAAAGCCCCGGCACCAAUUAACACAUCGCCUCCUACAGCCAACGCUUACACUGCUUACUCGCAGCCUCCUAACCAGCGACCCCAGAGCACAUACGGUGCUCAGGAGCUGGCCACCUCUGUUUACGAUUCGCCCAUCGCGGCCCACAACCCGAGCUCAGCCGCCACGUACACAUCCUCGGUCUACUCUCAGGAUGAUCCGUACAACAGCAACAACACCUCUAGUCCAGCCGUCGGAAACACCACCGUACCCGCGCCGCCGCCGUCUUCCUUCCAACCAUCAGCGCCGACUGCGCAACCAUCGCAACCGUCUGCGCCAUCUGCCCCGCAACAACCACAGUAUCAAAGUUACCAGCCCCCAGGGACUCAGGGCCAGGACAACUACAACAACGCCCCGACUCAAGCCCCUCCUCCGGUGCCGACCGGAGCGGCACCGCCGAUUCCGGGCCCUGCUCGAUCUGAAGUCCUGACACCGCCACCCCUACAGCCCGGCGGAGCUGCCUAUGACGCCAGACAGAGCUUGCCAAGCCAGGGAGCACAGCCGCAGUACAGAGCAUACGUUCCUCCUGGUGCUGCGGCAGAUGGUCCGAGUGCUCCUCCUGCCCGCGAUUACUACCGCCAAAGCGGUGUUUAUUAG